AUGGAGAACAUUCUGUCCGCUAUUGAAAAUCCAAAAGAGUUCAUCAAACUCGAUCGUUUUGAUGGAUCAAACUUUACUCGCUGGAAGGACAAGAUGAUUUUCCUACUAACUGCUAUGAAGAUUUUUUAUGUUCUUGAUCCACAAUUGCCUGAUGUGCCAGAUCCCACUGCAGAGGAUUCUGAUGAAAUGAAAGCAACGAAGAAGAAACGGGAAGAUGAUGAAUUGCGUUGCCAGGGACAUAUUCUGAAUACAUUAACAGAUCGUCUCUAUGAUAUGUAUCAAAAUUUGAAGUCUCCAAGGGAAAUCUGGACGGCAUUGCAAAGUGCUUAUGAAAACGAGAAACGAGGUAUCGAUAAAUUUCUAUCUUUAAAGUACUUCGAAUUUAAAAUGGUUGAUACAAAGCCCACUAUGGAUCAGAUUCAUGAACUGCAAAUCUUAGUUUCAAAACUAAGUGAUCUUGAAGUUAAAAUUCCUGAUGCACUUCAAAUCGGUGCUAUACUUUCUAAACUGCCUUCUUCUUGGAAUGACUAUAGAAAGAAAAUCCUGCAUUCUUCUGAAAAUUUGACUGUGGAACAGUUUUGA